GCUCUAGGCCGAGCGGGAGGUCGCGGUUGCGGGCGCUCGCUGGUGGCGGACCUGGAGGAGGCUGCGGUGGCGGGGCUCCACGGCCGGGGUCAAAUCCGAUCGGGAGCCAUGAGCGUGGACAAGGCCGAACUAUGUGUGUCUCUGUUCACCUGGUUGCAGACGUUCCCCGUCCCAUCCCCCUGUGCCAGCCCCCAGGACCUGAGCAGUGGCCUGGCCAUAGCCUAUGUGCUGAACCAGAUAGACCCUUCCUGGUUCAACGAGGCCUGGCUCCAGCGCAUCUCAGAAGACCCAGGUCCCAGCGGGAGGCAGAAGGUCAGCAAUCUGAAGAUAAUCUUACAGAGCCUGGUGGAGUACUCCCAGGAUGUCCUAGGACAUCCCAUUUUGGAGCAGCACCUCCCAGAUGUGAGCCUCAUUGGCCAGUUCUCAGACCCUGGAGAGCUCGGCAAGCUGCUUCAGCUGGUGCUGGGCUGUGCCAUCAGUUGCGAGAAAAAGCAGGAGUACAUCCAGAGAAUUAUGACGCUGGAGGAGUCGGUUCAGCAUGUGGUGAUGGCAGCCAUCCAGGAGCUCAUGAUCAAAGACACCCCUGGUACCCUGUCACAGGAGACAUAUGGGAACUUUGACAGCCAGUCCCGCAGGUACUACUUCCUGAGUGAGGAGGCUGAUGAGGGGGACGAGCUGCGGCAGCGCUGUCUGGACCUGGAGCGGCAGCUGGUGCUCCUGUCAGAGGAGAAGCAGAGCCUGGCGCAGGAGAACGCGGUGCUACGGCAGCGGGUGGGCCAGCCAGAGGGCGAGGUCGCCAUGGGCCUCACUGCCAAGAAGCUGCUGCUGCUACAGUCCCAGCUGGAGCAGCUGCAGGAAGAGAACUUCAGGCUGGAGAGCAGCAGGGAGGAUGAUCAUCUGCGGUGUGUGGAGCUGGAGCGGGAGGUCACUGAGCUACAGCAGCGGAACCAGGCCCUGACCAGCCUGGCCCAGGAGGCGCAGGCCCUGAAGGAUGAGAUGGAUGAACUGCGCCAGUCCUCGGAGCGUGCUGGGCAGCUAGAGGCCACGCUGAGCAGCUGCCGGAGCCGCCUGGGAGAGCUCAGGGAGCUGCGGAGGCAGGUGCGGCAGCUGGAGGAGCGCAACGCUGGCCACGCAGAGCGCACGCGGCAGCUGGAGGAGGAGUUGCGCAGGGCUGGCUCUCUGCGCGCCCAGCUGGAGGCGCAGCGGCUGCAGGUUCAGGAAUUGCAGAGCCAGCAGCAGGAGGAGGCCAUGAAGGCUGAAAAAUGGCUAUUUGAGUGUCGCAAUCUGGAGGAAAAGUAUGAGUCGGUAACAAAGGAGAAAGAGCGGCUGUUGGCUGAGCGGGACUCACUGCGGGAGGCCAAUGAGGAGCUGCGCUGUGCCCAGCUGCAGCCUCGGGGACCGAGCCAGGCUGACCCCUCGCUGGAUCCCACCUCACCGGCUGUGGAAAACCUGGCAGCAGAGAUCCUACCUGCCGAGCUCAGGGAGACGCUCCUGCAGCUUCAGGGAGAGAACAGGCGCCUGUGCCAGCAGGAGGCGGCCGACCGGGAGCGGCAGGAGGAGCUGCAGCGCCACCUGGAGGAGGCCAACCGUGCGCGCCACCAGCUGGAGACGCAGCACCGGCUGAACCAGCAGCAGCUAUUGGAUCUGCGGGUCCAGGUGGAGGACCUACAGAAGGCACUGAAGGAGCAGGGGGGCAAGAGCGAGGACCCGGCCCUACUGAAGAGGAAGCUGGAGGAGCAUCUGCAGAAGCUGCAUGAAGCGGAUCUAGAGCUGCAGCGGAAGCGCGAGUACAUCGAGGAGCUGGAGCCACCCAGCGACGGCAGCACAGACCGGCGAAUCGAGGAGCUUCAGGACAGCCUGCAGAAGAAGGACGCAGACUUGCGGGCCAUGGAGGAGCGGUACCGCCGCUAUGUGGACAAGGCACGCACGGUCAUACAGACCCUGGAACCAAAGCAGCGGCCACCUGGGGGGGUGCCUCCGGAACUCCAUACCUUGAGGACACAGCUCCGGGAGCGGGAAGUCCGAAUCCGACACCUGGAGAUGGACUUUGAGAAGAAUCGAAGCCAGCGGGAGCAGGAAGAAAAGUUGCUCAUCAGUGCCUGGUAUAAUAUGGGCAUGGCCUUACAGCAGCGAGCGGGGGAAGAGCGGGCGCCUGCACAUGCUCAGUCAUUCCUGGCACAGCAGCGGCUGGCUACCAAUGCUCGCCGUGGACCCCUGGGACGCCUAGCAUACUUGAACAUGCGCCCCGCUGACAAGCAUUGAUGGACCUCAGGAUCCUGCCCACCUGCCCAGCCAGUCAGGGCUUAAUCCUAGAUCCCCCCAACUCCCCCAGGGCUCAGCAUCAUGCCUGGGUCAGCUGCUUGAGAGCCUUGAGGUCAUGACCUGUGGCUUUUGUUCUCCCUGGUGAGACAAGCUACAGGACAGGGCGGGAGGCAGGUAUGGGUGUGUUCUUUUUAGCAAUGUGAUUCUUACCCUUAAUAUUCUUCCUGAGGCUAAUGAGCUGCCAGGAUGGAGAGAGUGAUUUUAUAUUUGAGAAGAAAAAUAAUAAAGAUUUUCAAUCUGCC